UUUUCGAAACCAACGUUGCAUGAUGCGCCUUGCUAAUUUUACUUAAUUCUGGACAGUAUUUACAGUGAGUUUUUCCCAAAUCCUGGUAAUCAAAUAGAUUUUUAAUGAUGAUUAAAAUAUUAAACUGUAAUACAAAUCGUAGAGAACUGUAUAGUAGUCAAACCGCAAACCGUUGCAUUCAUUGGAAACCCUCAAACUAGAGUAAGCUAAAUCUUUAACGACCCCUAGUGGGGGUUGGGAAACACUGCUCUAGACAAGGAAAUAUGAGACUGCGGUAAAACUAUAAACUAGAUGAGUAAAGUUCGUAGACAAACUUUAAGUUGGCUUGAAAAAGCCUAGCCAGAAAGUUUGGAGUUGUUUUAAAAGCUUUAAGUUUGAAGCUUGAAGCUUGAAAUAGUUUUAGUUUAGUAGUUUAAAAGCUAGAUUUCUCAGUGGCACAAGAAAACAGCGAGCCAGGAUAAAUGUGUAAAAAAAAAUGGCUAUACACAAAAUAGUUUUGAGUGAAUAAUUCAACACUCGUUUCUCAAAUGGCCGCCACCUAUAAUGUCUACGGUCGCACAACGACGUGGGUUCACAAAUCAGUGAAUGAAUCUUUUUGGUGAACCGAUUCAAAAUAUUCGAAUCACCGCGAUCAAAACCUCACCUCUAGAUGACGCUAGUGACUGACGAGUGGAGCGAGAGUCGGUUGACAUGAGAUUGUAAUACAGCGACUCACGUGUCCUACAGAUCACCUGUGUUUGCUCUACAGCUGUUGGAUUUGAAUUUAUAACACAAAAUUUCUAAAUGUAUUUUAGACUUAAGUUGAUGCCAGCAUGUGGAAGUAUCAGCAUCCUGACUUUGCAUUGUUCCUACUUGGUGAACUUCAGAAGCAGCAGCAGGGAAGCAUCUUCUGUGACACACUUCUGCAGACGGAGGGUGUCUGUGUUCCAGCUCACAGUUGUGUGUUAGCUGCUCUAAGCCCCAUCUUCUCAAGAAUCCUUUCCAUGUCCCCUGCUCCACAAGCAGGGCAGAACAGGCUUCUGAGCCUUGAGGCUGUAGGAUCUCAUGCAUUACUGAAGCUAGUUGGGUUCCUGUACACGGGGGGAAUGGAGAUCGAGAGUCAGAGCGAACAUGAGGAAAUAAUGGCUGCUGCCCACAGACUUGGACUCAGAAACCUUUUUGAAAAAAAGAGAGUGUGGGUGGGCAAAGGAGUUAUGGAUGUUGGGAGAUGCUGGAAAGAGACUGGUGUACAGACUGAAGACAACAUGAAGAGCCAGGAAAGUGAAAUUGUGUCUGAGCCUUUGAAGACACAAAGCACUGUAUCUUCAGUGCAACCUUGUGGCUUGUUGGAGCCUGAUUUGCAGUUGUUUGAUGAAGCCAAUCCAACUAGAGGUUUUAAUUUGAUCAGUAACGUCACUGUUCCUUCCCUCGCUGACAUGACAGAAGCAUCGGUAUCGAACCAUCAUAAAACAAAAGCCAAGAAAAGGUGGAAAAUGGCAAAGAGAGAAAGCCAGUUACAGAAAUUAACUCAACAACAAAACCAGAUAAAGAUUCUUAAUGUUGAAGGGAACAAAUCAAACCAAACUGGAGUGGUGGAAAGGAGUAAGACUGUUUCAGGGAAAGACUUCCAGAAGCUUUUAGAGGCAGAUAACGGACAAAAAAACACCACUGCUGAACAGAAAGAGGCCAAAUUGGACCAGCUUAAAGUCAAGAUAAAACUGAGGAGAAUGAGUGGAGCUUUCUGGGAGAGUAACCUCCUCGUUUCCGUCCAAGGUGAGAGUGAGACAAAGCCAGAAGAAGUGAAAGAGUGUGGACCUCGAACUCAGAGCUUCCCAUCUAAUGUACUUCGUGGUCAAAGUCUUGAAACUCUCACCCCACCAACGGACCUGCCUGUUUCACCCUCUAAUUCCUCCACGCAUGCCUCUUCAGAUAAAUGUCUUCAUACUCCACAUCACAUUUCUGUCUCUUCCCCUUUGGAAAUACCAACAUUAUCUUCCAGCCCUCCCCAAGCAGACGAAUCUGAUGAACAUAUUGCAAUGCUCUUGGAGGAUAUGUUCAUGAUGGGUUUAAACAUCCUGCCGUUGGAUCAGCUAGGUCCUCUUCAGGAACAAAAAGGUGGGCAAAUGGGCGCUGAGGCUUCUACUCAAGUGCAAAGUUGUGAACCAGAUCAAAGGGAAUCUGAUGUUAGCAAGACAGCAACUCUAGUUGGGUCUCCAGGGCAAAGAGGUAAAGACCACAAUCAGUCAAGAUCCAAUACAGUCAAGCUUCUGACCCAGUUACCUAAACAGGACCACUUGAACAAAGUUCAGAAUCUGGCAACUGUGUCAAGAAACUCUACCCCCUCACUUACAGAAGGCUUGAUUUUAACCCCAAAAGCCACAGCUGUCCCAGACUCUGUUGUAGAAGGUGAAAUGCCAAGCCUUGUUAUGACCAGCAUACCUGAUGACAGGCCAGAUUUCAAUCUGCAAAAAUGCCUUUCUCCCCUUGAAUCAGAAAAAGGAGACAGUGAUGUUCCAUCAAAACAGUCACACAGGCAGGACUCAGAAACACAAAACUUUCCCUUGUGGCUUUCUGAAUCACCACUGAUAUUGGACUUCCCUCUAAGAUCAAUGAUUGAUUCCCCCUGCCCACGUCCACAGCGUGACCUCAACGCCUGCCAGAAUCAAUCAUGCCUUGGCCCUGCAGAAAUGCAAGAAUUAAAGACUUCCUUUUCACACAAUGAUUUAAUAAGUGGGAGUAGCUCAAACAUUGCUCAGCCUGAUGUGAGCGAUGCUAGUGAGCAUCCUAAGCAGAGAAAGACGAGAAAACGGAGGCGUACAGCUCAAAAGUCAAAAGUGAAAGGGUACACAAAGUGUCAAAACCUAGAAAAUGAGGAUCAAGUUCAACCGAUAAUAUCCGAGUGUGAUGAGCCUCAUUGUGGAAACAUUAAGCCAUCAAAUACAUAUGGAGUCAGUACUCGAAUUACUAGAAGAGUAGCUGCAGGUAUGAAGAGAAGACGAGAAAUUUCUUCACCUCUCAGUAAAAAAAUGCCAACGUUGAACACCACCAGUAAACAAUGUGAACAUGUAGAUGAACAUGUAGUUUUACCUAAACCAACACGCACACGUGUUGUAAAACGUCGUCGUGGCAGACCACCUAAACCCAAAACAACUCCUGUAGAUCCCAUGUGUAACAACGCAAAGAAAUUGCCCACUUCAGGCCAAGAUGAUUGUGAAGAGGAAGAAACUAAGACAGACAAUGAGAUUGAACAUGGUAAAAAGCAAGAACCAAAUAUACAACCGGAGAAAGACUCAACAGAAAUGGAAGAAAUAGAUGUCAACAGCAAUUUUGCACAGGAAACACCAAAUUCUCGCUUAAAGUUUGCUGGCCAGACGAAGGGACCAAGUAUUCUUGAUCAGAUUUUCCAUCAGGCUCUUCCACGUGUUGGAAGUCCCGCAUGUAGGAGUUCACUGAAUAUUGAUCAGCAGCUAACAUCAAGACUGCGAAACACAUCUUUUAGCCUUCAAAAAUUCCAAGGAGGGAAAAGUGAAGACGUUAAUAGUAAAUUAGUGAUGAAUAGCAGUGAACAGAUCAAUGAGGGCAUUUGUGGGGAGAAAAAAAAGGCAGAGACGUCUAUGCUGAUAAACGGAAAGGAAGACGUGGCGCUAUCUGACAAUCAAUCGAGGUCACCGUUGUCAUGUGGAGACAUGCCAGAUAACGUGAAAUGUUCAGUUAAACAUGGAGAUUUUUCAAUCGAGGAGAACUCAACUAGAUCAGCCACUGUUUUACAGAAUAGUGAUUUAGAAAGUGAGAUUGGAACAGACAUUCAGGACGAUACAACUAAGAUUUAUGUCCUGUUAACAUCUGAGGAGGACAUAAUGGAGGACAUGAUGACCUCUGUUGAGGAUAUUGAUGAUGCUGAUCAUGAUUUGUCACCCACAAAGAUGGACUGUGUUGUUGCCACCAAUGAACUGAUAGUGAUGGAGGGAGUAGAAAUGAAUUUCUGUUUGAAUCCUGAUAGCGCACAAGCAGAAGACCUUGGAGAUGAACAAAACUCGGAAGCUACGGUUUUUAAUGAGUGUUCGGUUGAGAUGACCUCAGAGAGUGAAAAUGUUGACACCCAGGAUAUUGGCUGGGUGGCCGAUUGUAUGAAGAACAAUGAAAAAGAGGAUUUAGGUAGGAACGAAGAGGAUCAGAUAAUCAAAGAAAAUAUGGCGGCAGAAGAAACUGAAGUUCUGAGUGCACAUGAAUUUGUAGAGGAAAAUGCUCUGCUCGAUUUGAAUGAGGGAUGUUGGGAAACCAACAGUGGGUUGGAUGAUGAUGGUAUUGAUGUGGAGGAGGCCCAGUACAGUGGUGAGAUGAUCGAUGAACGGAUCCUUCUGGUGGAAGAGGAAUUGAGUCAAGGACACAUUGCAAGUUCUAAGAUUGCAGACGAUCCAUCAAAAGGAGCUUGUCCUCAAGAAAUAAGCACAGAUGCUCCUUCUGAAGGUUCAAACUUAAGCAGCCCCAAUGUGUGCAGUGAAGAUGUCUCAAUGGUUCUGUCUGCUGAAGCCGAUUCAGAAUCAAAAGAGGACUGCCACUUAGAUGAAGAGGAUAUUGAAGUAGAUGUUCUUGGGGAGUCUGUAGAAGAGUUUCCAUUAGGGCUUUUGGCAGCUAGACAGGCCGUCAUUCUGCCCAUUGAGGAUCUUUUGGACCAAGAGGAUGAGUUGGAUACCACUGAAGAAGAGGAGAAUGACCAAUGCAUGUCACAGGAAGUGUGUUCCACCUCAUUACAAGGAAGCAGAACUUUCAAAAGGGGAAGCUGUGUGUUUGGACCGCUGUGUCGCCAAGUACUUGGACUUGCAUGAGAGACUUGGCCGUAAACUCACCGAGCUUUCCGUUCAGGAUGAGGAGGUGAUGAGGAAGGCUGCUGCGGGCACUGGUUAAACCUGAUACGGACUCCAAGGGUGGGGCUGAAGGCCUUGGAUGGGGUUUGUGGGCACUUUGGACAUCCAUUAUGGAGAAAUCAGGCAGCGUGGACAUGCAUAUAAAUAUUAUAACAUGAAUAUGAACAAUAUUGUGACAAAUAUUGAUUCACUGUUUGACAUGCCAAAAGGUUCAGACUUUUGAAAGGAGGUGGGAUACAGUUUGUCCCAGGAGUUGUGAAUAGUUUGUUGGCAUGAACAUUAUCGACAUCACAGGAAUUAAACGUUAUCUGGUUGGGGGGAUUUGUGGAGUGUUGUGAAAUCGUGUCCUUGUGAAAUUGUUGUUGGCUUUUUUUUAUGUUGACACUGGUCAUUGUAAUUUCUUACAUUCUCUGAGUCAUUUUACAAAAUGUACCUUUAUUGUGUAACAAAAUUAAAAUGUUUACCAAUCGG